GGUUAACCUGUGAGUUAGGAAAGACAAAAAAACGACAAGUUUAUAGAAGUAGAGCUUGAUGAACCUCUAUCGUUUGUUCUGGCACAAUGGGCGAGGUGAAACUUUUGAAGAACUAAGACUCCUGUGCCACUGGGGAGUCCUCCUUAAUUCCCUCAAUUCUGCUCCUUGUUGUGGGAUGGAUUUUAACUUGAGCUGACUCUCCUGCUCUGUUUGAUCAACAAGAGGAAACCCUGACAACACGGAAACAAGAACUGAAGGUCGGCGUGUUCUUGCGAUUCGACASCGUUUGACUAAUUUCUUCAGAGACGAGGACAUAUCACAGAUUGAACCAUGGCUUUGAUGGUGGUCAAGUUUGAUCUGAAAAAGCGAGUGAAGCUCGCUCAGACAGUUUGGUUUAUGUACUGGUUUGCUGUAUUGGCAGGCAUCCUGGUCCUCAGCRUGGGCCUGUUCUUCAAGAUCGAGCUGCGGAAGCGCUCAGAACUUAUGGACAACAACGAGAGCCACUUCUUGCCCAACGUGCUCAUAUUCAUGGGCCUGGUAGCUUGUGGUAUUAACGCCUUUGGAGGCAAAGUCUGCUACGACUCUUUGGACCCUACUAAGUUUGUAAAGUGGAAGCCRAUGCUGAAGACCUUCUUGGUCUUUUGCAUGGUCUUCAACGGCCUGCUGUUCCUCACCGCCCUGCUUUGCUUCGUGAUGCGGAUCCCCCUGCAGUUCACUCUCGCUGAGGGGCUGAAGAAUGGCAUGAAGUACUACAAGGACACGGACACACCGGGUCGCUGCUACAUGAAGAGGACCCUGGACCUGAUGCAGAUGGAUUUCCGUUGCUGCGGGAAUGACAACUACAGAGAUUGGUUUGAGAUUCAGUGGGUCAGCAACCGCUACCUGGACUUCAGCGCCAAGGAAGUGAAAGAUCGCAUCGGGAGCAACGUGGACGGACAGUACUUGAUGGACGGGGUGCCCUUCAGCUGCUGCAACCCCAGCUCCCCCAGACCCUGCAUCCAGCAGCAGAUGACCAACAACUCGGCUCACUACAGUUACGACCACUACACGGAGGAGCUCAACGUCUGGAAGCGCGGCUGCCGUGACGCCCUGCUGUCCUACUAUGGAGGCAUCAUGAACACUAUCGGAGCCCUGGUGCUGUUGGUCACCAUGUUGGAGGUGGCUGUGACCGUCGGCCUGCAGUACGUCCACAGCUCCCUGUCCACCCUGGCCAACCCGGAGGACGUGGAGAGCGAGAGCGAGGGCUACCUCCUCGAGAAGACCGUGAAGGAGACGUUCACCGACAUCAUGACCAAAAUGAAAACCAUGGGCAAAGGCGCAAAGGUGGAGGAGGGGGGCGAGGAACCCGUUGCAACCGUGAGCUGAGCAACCCCCCCACAUCUGCAGAAACUGAGCUAACUUCCACCUCACGUGGAGACAACAGAGGGGCGUUUUCUACCAGACUUCAUUCUGUAGACACUACCUACUCUCAUUAAUCAUUUUAACCACAUUUUUAAAUGGACUUACUAAAAAGACUUCCAAAUAAAUAAUUCUGUACUCAUAGAGUUUUAAAAUCCUGACUUUCAGGUUUUACGUUCAUGUAUCUUUUUGGUUUUUGAUAUUAUCUCAAUUGGGAAUUUGUUGUUAAUGCUGUCCAAAAUGUUGAUUUUACUGAUAAUAAUUAUUAUUAAGGGUCAAAUGCUCUCCAGUUGAAAGUAGGAAUGUUUAUUUUUUUUUUUCUUUAUAAAGUUGUCACAUGGUUUUGUGGGGAUGGUGGUUGCUAUGCAACUCCCCCUCUUUUGGAAGCCAAAAGUGCAGAUAUUUACAGUCAAGGAAGCACAGUGUUUUACAUUUUUGACCUCUCCAUAAGCUUUUUUUUUUAUCAGAUAAAUUACACAAAGCUAAUCACUCGUACUCCAUCCUCCUGUCGGAUCUUGGACAAACCUCCUGAGAAGGAGCGAAAAUCUGAAAGGAGUCCAGAUGAAUGUUGGGACAGUGAGGGAUGACAGGCAGGAGGGGCACCCUGGAGUGAAGCGAGGGGCAAUUUUUGAACAUUAUGAGUAAAUUGGCAGCUAAAAUUUGGGCUCCUUAACCCCCGUCCUGUAACCUCCUUAUCAACACAUACAGUAUGUAUGUAUGUACAUGUAUGUAUGUAUAUUGUAACAACUGCAUAUUUGUAAAUGCUGUAGAAAAGAUUUUACUUUUUUUAAAUAAUGUAAUUAAGCUAAAUCGUUUAUUUAAAUUCAAGUUAUGCUAUUUGGGGCUUUGUGUUUGUGUAGAGUUAAAAAAAAAACAAAUUGUGUACAUUAAUAAAAGAUCUUAGAGUUGUAA